GGCACAUGCACAACUACCAAAAAGUCCCAAAUCAAAUUAGACAUGUGCGUUUGUAAGCACCAUGAAAAGGGGUACGGCUAUUGGUAAGGGAGUCAAAACCAAUUAUAGAGACGAUCAUUUUUCAAUCUUCAAGACUUCAACACACUCUCACUUCUUUCUCCUCCAUAUCCCCUCACAAAUUCCAGCAACUUUCAGCUGAUUCCUAAUGGCGAUUCCCAUUCCCUAUCGUCAGUUGUUCAUUGACGGGGAAUGGAAAGAACCCAUCAAGAAGAAUCGCAUUCCCAUCAUCAAUCCUUCCACUGAAGAGAUCAUCGGUGAUAUUCCGGCCGCCACUGCUGAGGAUGUGGAGCUUGCAGUGGCUGCAGCUAGAAGGGCUCUUAAGAGGAAUAAAGGGAAAGAUUGGGCAGCUGCAUCUGGAGCUCAUCGUGCGAAGUACUUACGUGCUAUCGCUGCAAAGAUAACAGAAAGAAAAGAUGAACUUGCAAAGCUUGAAGCCAUGGAUUGUGGAAAACCUUUGGAUGAAGCAGCAUGGGACAUGGAUGAUGUUGCUGGGUGUUUUGAAUACUAUGCCGAUCAAGCAGAAGCUCUUGAUGCUAAACAAAAGGCUCCAAUUGCCCUUCCUAUGGAGACAUUCAAGUGUCAUGUUCUCAGGCAGCCCAUUGGUGUUGUUGGAUUAAUUUCUCCAUGGAACUACCCUCUUCUAAUGGCUACAUGGAAAGUUGCUCCUGCUCUUGCCGCGGGUUGUGCUGCUAUACUUAAACCAUCAGAAAUGGCAUCUGUGACUUGUCUAGAAUUGGCUGAUGUGUGCAGAGAAGUGGGAUUGCCUCCGGGUGUGUUAAAUAUUUUGACUGGAUUUGGCCCAGAUGCUGGUGGCCCGUUAGCAUGCCACCCUGAUGUUGACAAGGUUGCAUUCACUGGGAGUACCGCUACUGGUAGCAAAGUUAUGUCUUCUGCUGCCCAAAUGGUCAAGCCUGUUACACUAGAACUCGGAGGGAAAAGUCCUAUUAUCGUGUUUGAAGAUGUUGAUUUGGAUCAAGCUGCUGAAUGGGCUGCUUUUGGCUGUUUUUGGACCAAUGGUCAAAUCUGCAGUGCAACGUCUAGACUGCUUGUGCAUGAAAGCAUUGCAACUGAAUUUUUGGAUAGACUUGUAAAAUGGUGCAAAAACAUUAAGAUUUCUGACCCAUUCGAGGAAGGCUGCCGGCUUGGUCCUGUUGUCAGCAAGGGACAGUACGAGAAAGUUUUGAAGUUCAUUUCAGCAGCAAAGAGUGAGGGUGCAACUAUUUUGUGUGGAGGUUCCCGCCCUGAGCACUUGAAGAAAGGGUAUUUUGUUGAACCAACAAUUAUAAGUGAUGUCUCCACGUCCAUGCAAAUAUGGAAGGAAGAAGUUUUUGGCCCUGUUUUAUGUGUCAAAACAUUUAGUUCUGAUGACGAGGCCAUUGAAUUGGCAAAUGACACCCAAUAUGGGUUAGGUGCUGCUGUGCUAUCCAAAAAUCUCGAAAGGUGUGAGAAAGUGACAGAGGCGCUGGAAGUUGGUAUGGUUUGGGUUAAUUGUUCACAACCAUGCUUUUGCCAAGCUCCAUGGGGUGGCACCAAGCGCAGUGGCUUUGGACGUGAACUAGGGGAAUGGGGUCUGGAGAAUUACUUGAAUAUCAAACAAGUGACUGAAUAUAUUUCUGACGAACCAUGGGGAUGGUACAAACAUCCUUCGAAGCUGUGAGUGAAUUUUCACAGGGAGUUGUUGAAGGAAUGGAGGUGAUACAUUGAUACUGGGACUUUUCAACCUACAACUCAUAGAGGCAUAGAGAACUGUGUAACGAAGAAAAUAGACAACUUACUGAUAGUUUGAAUAAAGGGGCCGAAAUUGAAGAAUGUGCAAGUUUAUUACUCCGUAUGUGUAUGCUCUACUGUACCUGAUAGAUAUUCAUGUCUGUUAUCUUUUAAGAAGUGUAGACUUGUUCUUUCCAUUAAUGGACUUGCCAUUUUUAUCGA